AUGACGUCACCAUGUUGCCCUUUUAAUGAAGUAGAUUUUGUCCAAUACCUCAUAGUCCCAGAAGGGGAGCCGCCAUCGCUGGAGCCAACGUUUUCAUCAGAAACCCUUCCAUCAGGAAGCAGACAUGGAUACGAAACACACAUUUCUGGCAGGGAUAUCCAGCUCCCUAAAAUAAGACCAUUGCCAACUAUUGAGACCCUUGGCUGUCCACCACCAAAACCUCCAAGGCCUCCAGUCAAGCACCUCCUGGCCCUUCAGAACAUGGUUCCUUUAGCUGCCACAACACAAAGUAUAGCUGCUGCUGAACCGAAUUACCUCACUGCAGAAAACCAAGAACGUGCAGAAUCACAUUACGAGGCAACAGUCCCGUUCCAGAAGCCAUCUGAGAACUCCAUUUCCCCGCGCACUGAUAAACGCAGAUGCGAGCACCAAGAGAACCUCACAUCUCUGGAUGAGGUAGUGUAUACAGGGAUGGACUUGAAGUCAGGAAGAGCACCUUACCACGUUGGAACAGAAGUUAGUGCAAAGCCUCGGAAGAGUUUUGUCCAUCAAGGUUAUAGCCAUAAACAUACCUUUAGGGAUGAGAAAAAGAAGGGGAAACAGCCAAGGGAAAGUGAACUGCACAAAAGGGACAAAGAGUUGAAUUCUAAAAAGAUCAACCGGGAGGAAAGCAUUCUUCGAAAACCCCAGAUGAAGGAGGACCACAGAGGCAAGUGGAGACUGGUGCGCCAGAAGUCAGUUUCAGAAGCAAAGAGUGAAGAAAUAUAUGAAGACCUGUACAGUGGAGACAGCAGCCAACCCCCAAUGGAGUUGGAAGAAAAAGAAAAAUUUAAAAAACUGAAACCAAAGAAGACGAAAAAAACCUUAAGUGGAUUUUCAAUGUCAAUGCUCAAUUUAGAAUGUAAGUCUCAGGAUCACGUACUCUACGAUGAUGUAACAGUGGAUAAGAAAGAUUCCAAAGAAAAAGAGGACAGAGUGAGACUCUGGAAACCCAAAUUUCUGAUGAUGAAAGAAAACAAAGGGACAGAACUCCUGAGGAAGCAGAAAGACUCUUCUUCAGAAGCAAGGAACCCAACCGAGAAAAGCACAAGACAGAAAAAGAAGCCAAACUACUUAGAGGAAGAUUUGAGCAAGUGUCUCUUCAAUAUGUAUAAGAAUCCACUGGAUCUUCUCAUUUUGGAAAGGCUGGUUUGAUCCCUCCAUCGAAAAAGCAAUGCCAUUUUCAGAAAGAUUCUCCAAAAAAAGAAAGUGAAACCCUUUGUAGAUGAAAAUCAAUUUUAUACUCAGCAGAAGAGUUCCCAAUUGGUGGAACUGCAACUCCCUACAAACAUGGCAGAUACGUGGGCGUUUUUUCUAGUUCACUGGUGUACAUAGCUUAUGAUUACAUAUUCUUAGCUGGUUAUUUAGAUACUCUUAUAAAACAGCUCAGACACCUCUGGACCUCAAAUCCAAGAAAGACAGGAAAGAGGACCAAGACAAGAGUGUUCCUGAAAACUCCUUGGGACCGCAACAAAAAAUGUGUGGCAUCUGAGCAGCCACUAAAUGCAUCCACAAAUGUCACAGGGGAAGACCCUGAAGGCUGGUUGGGCAGCAUGAUUUCCUGAAGAACUGUUACUCAAGACAGGUAUGGUGGCGCAUGCCUGUAAUUCCUGCCAUUGAUAAGGCUGCGGCUGGCGAAACUCUUGAGUUCAGGAGUUCUGAACUGCAGUAGGGAGGAAUAUGUUUGAGGCACUGUGCUAUGCACUUUGCAAACAUCUCAUUUGACCUUUACAACAACC